AUGUUAGUUUGUCUGGGUCUGGUGGAGGUCACCCAGGCAUACAGCAGUGGGGCGCCAGAAGGGGCGUGUGGCACCCUGAUGCCCGGCCACGGCGUCCCCGCACAAACCUCACAGCCCCCCUUCAAGGUCACCACAACAAAAACAAAUGUUGCCCCUGGUGAACAAAUAGAAGUAACAAUUAGCGGAUCCAGUAAUUUCAAAGGAUUUUUUCUUCGAGUAAAGCAAGGUGGAAAUUUUAUCCCUGGAGAAUUCCAGGCUACCCCUCUGGGUCAGCCUAAGUGCGAUAAACAAGGUCUAACACACAUCAGCCCAGAGCCGAAGACCACGGUCAAGGCCGUGUGGACGGUGCCAGCCAACGUCGCCCCCACCCCUUUACAGUUCGUGGCCACUGUGGUCCAAGAGAAGUCUGUGUUCUGGACACAGAUCCCAUCGGCUGAGAUCUCCAUUGGUGCGGCAGGACAGACCACGCCCAUCAUGCCGGGGAUGCUAACCACGCCCCGUCUUGGAGGCAUGACGACCACGCCCUUCAUGGCAACGACGCCACGCAAAAACACAGGAGUCAACACCCAGAACCCCGGGGUGGUGACCGUUGACCCCCAGUGCGGCAAGACCAAGGGCUGCUACCACGACUGCUCCGGUGGGGGACCCUGCACCUACGUCAUUUCCUGGCUGUAUCAGCCGGACACUGUCCACUUCCAGUUCCUCUUCAAGACGCCGUCCACAUCUGACCAAUGGAUAUCUCUGGGCCUGUCACAUGACCAGUACAUGGGAGACGACAGUGUCAUGGAGUGUGUGAUGGAUGCUGGCACUGUCCAGGUCAAGACCUCAUACAAUACGGGCCAGUACAACGACUACCCUGAUGACAAACAUGCAGGCAUACACAACGCUGAGGGGUCAGUACGAGACGGGGUCAUUGAGUGCAGCUUUGACCGUAAGACGCAGUACCCCCGGGAGCCCAAGGUCUACGACCUGAGUAAAUCUUAUUACCUGAUGGUCGCAUACGGUGAGGCUGUCUCAGGUAACAAAUUCCCCCACUCCUACGAAAAGUUACCCAAAGUCUCCUCAGAGAAAAUCAGUUUCCAGUCAAUCGGGAGUGUAAAGGGCGGGGCCGGGCCGGUCUAUCCCAUGGUCAAAGCUCACGGAACGUCCAUGACCUUUGCCUGGAUGUUGUUUGCAAGCUCCGGUCUGUUCAUCGCUCGUCACGGCCGCUCCAUGUUCAACAACUCCAAACCAUACGGGCUGCUAGUGUGGUUUCACGUCCACCGCUUCUGUAUGACCAUGACUGCCCUCUUGACCCUGUUGGGAUUUAUUUUGGUCUUGGUGGAGUCCAAAGGCUACAGCAAAAUUCCAGAUACCCCGUCUGAGAAGAGCUGGUACCGCAUGCUACAUCCGCCCAUAGGUCUUGUGUUGAUCGUCAUUACCUUCGUUAAUCCCCUGAUGGCCCUGUUUAGACCUGACAUUAAGGCGCCGUCCCGCAAACAUUUUAACCGCAUCCACUGGGGCAUUGGCCAACUAGCCUGGAUCCUAUCUAUCGCCCUCAUUCUGAUCGGCCUUGACCUGAACAAAUCCCAGUCCGACAUCGAGGCUAUCUAUGUCGUCUUCGCCUUCAUCGCCUACCACCUCUUGAUGGAGAUCCUCAUCCGUUUGGUGCCCUUCAUCUUCGGCUUGUCCUGUGGCUGCUGUAGAUGUAGAUGUUGUAAAAACAAGCGCAGCUACGACCUCAACAUGACGGACAUGUCCAGUAGUGAGGUGCCCAGUAUGGCCGGACAGGGAGGUUCCUCAUACGACAAGGAGGUGGAGGAGGAGGACAAGAUCACUGCCCAUCGCAGGAAGAACAUCGUGCUGACGUUGAUGUUGGUGUUCCACAUGAUCGCCUCCGCCUGUUUCGCCAUCGCCGUCCUCUUCUUCUUCCUGCGUCGUCCCGUGGACGAGGCGGAACUACACGCCAGCCCCACCGAACGUUACGAGCAUGACGACAGUGUCCACGUCAUCGGCGCCAACUAGAUGACGUCACACGCUAGAUGACCUCUGCAGACCUCGUGGAACCUGAAGAAUGUGUCAGGAAUUUUAACCCUUGUUCAAAACUAGGACAGUUUUUUAAAAAUCUAAUUUAGUCUUCCUGUCUUACUGUAUUACGAUUCGUGCAAAUAUUAUGUACCUUUUUGGCUUUCUGUCUCACUGUAUUAUGAUUCGUGCAAAUAUUAUGUAACUCAGAAUACGUUGAUGGGGAUUGUUAAUAAAUUAUGUUAAAUGGUCAAGAACUGUCACAAGGUUGUUGAUAUUUAAAUAAAUUUCCCUUUUUUUCUAAUUGCCCACUGUUAGCUUCUUGUUUAAUGAUCUAUUUCCUAAAGGGCUAUGGCAUUUGUAGGUAUAAAUAUAAAUAGAAUAGUUCUUAGGCACAAAUUAUAGAAACAGUGUUUAUAAAAAAAAAAUUGAAGGUUCUUUGUCUAAGAGGAAAGGGGGGGUGUGGAUUUACUAUAUAAUAUGGAGGGUGUCCUGUAAAAUUGUUGUAUAACAUUAUAUAUCCCGUGGUGUAUUAGAUGUUUUUGUUACAUAAUAUGUGCACGGUCCAUUUGUUUUAGUUUGGAAAAAAAAAUCAUUUAAAUUUUAUUUUUUAGUUCGAAAAUCUUUGCCCAGUAGUCAAGCAGACAAAAGCAGACAAACAUUUCUAAAUGCAAACAUAGUUAGACAUGUUCACUCUUCAAUUUGGUCAACUACGAUCAUUUAUUAAUUACCUUCCCGUGUCCUCUAGAUGUAAACGGUGCAUUUAUUCAGAGCUAUUUCAAGAUUAUUGCUAUUCAGAUUAUUUUUAAAAUUAAUUUACAUUCUAGGAUUAUUUAAAAUAUUCUACAUAUUUUAAAAUUGUAAAAAUUCAUGCUUUGAUUUUUAUUUAAAAAAUCAUGAUAUAUUUUUUCCCAAAGAAUAAUUGGCAAUAUUCGACUUUUACACGAUUUUAUCUGUAUAUUGUAUACCUGACUGGGUGACAAUCAAUUUUACGAGUACGACAAUCAAUUGUAAAAGUAUUAAGCAAGACAAUCACCAAAAACUUCAAUAAAAUCAAUC